UGUGAAAAACAAAAUGGCUGAUGGUGUUUACUGAUGCCUGGUCAUUUUUUUUUCUAUUGCUUUUUUUAAUAAGUCGUGUUUUUAUGUUAUAAUAACAGAUAAAAAAUAUGUUUUCUGUGGACAUUUUAUUGUUAAAUGUCGAGGGUAAAUGCAGAGUCGUUUUAGUGAAACAUCAUGUGUAAUACUCUUUUGACAAUGGACAAAGUUACCAGCAAAACUAGUAGUCUUAAAGCUCUUUUACUUAGAGCUUGGCGUGAACGUUGGAGUGAUUUGCAAUGGGGUAUAAAUAUAAAAACGAUUUUACCACGAGGUGUAAGUGGCGAUGUUUAUAAUCUAGCAGAUUGUAUACUUCAACAAGCUUUAGUUGGUCCAGGUCCAAAUCAUUUAGUUUUAUCCUACCUCAAACAUUCGCUCAGUUCUCAGCUAGUCUCAUACGCGGCUGUUUUGCAACGAAUUAGUAAAUAUGACGCAUUUCAUAAGCCCCAUUGUAUUUUGAGUUUGUUGAAUUUCUUGGAAACAAUUCACAUUGGAAUAACGUGCCGUGGAAAACCUGAAGAGGAUCUUCUUGCCGCAGCAGUAUUGUCGGUUGUACAUUGGUUAUUGCAAUGUUAUUUACAUGCAUUGUCAAAAGCGCCACAAAAUAAUCCUCUCAUUCCACAACCAUCUGAAUUAAUUGACAAACCCGCCAGUAUUCUUAAAGAAAUGCUCAAUUCAAAUUUCAUCUGCGCAAUGAUGUACUUAGCUAAACACGACGAUAAAGAUCUUUAUGCGGAAGUUGUUAAGAAAUGUCAAGAAAUUGAAGUUCUUCAUAGGGGAAAUAAUGUUAAAUCAGCCGUUUCUUUAGACGAGACAUUGAAAAAAUUAUCAACAUUAGAAAUUGAAAAUAUGCCACAAAAUUCAACGAGAAUUGACAUGGAACCAAUUACUCAUUGUUUACAAUCAUUGUUGGCCGUACAGGGCUCAUUAAAUUCAAGCACAGAAACGGCAACUUUUGUCAGUCAAUUGCAAAUGGUACAGCGAUUAAAAAAUUAUACAAACGCAAGACUUUAUUGUGAACUUAUUCGCGCUAGUUUAAUGAGUUUACACAGUGUCGCUGGAUCGUUCAGUGAAUCACAUUGGGGUGCUUUUAUUUUUUUGAAAGUUCCAAUUAUUCUAAAAGAAUUACAUACCGCUACUUUAAAUGGUGAUGAAAAAUUGGAGUACUCACAGGAUAUUUUGGAGGCUUUUGAACUUUUACUUCAUUUCACGCCAUUAUUGGAUAAAAUUGACGCAACAUAUUUGUGCAAUUGCAUCGAGAGUAUAUUAAACAAAUUGCAAAAAGUUAAUUUAAUCACGGAGAAACAAGCGAAACAAAUAAGUAGCCGAAGGGAGGGUAUGACAGUGGCUCUACAAAAGCUUGAGACACCAAUUACUUCAACAUCAGUUAUUCCAAAAGUGAUAAUGCGCGCCGAACAAACGUUGAGUGGAUUAUUAAAAACAUUAAAUGCCGAUUAUGCAAAAAUUAAAGAUGCCCUAUUAAGUAUGCUUCAUCAAAUUCUUGCGGGUAAAAGUUUCGAUUUAAUAAUGGCCGUUGCGUCAGUUGAGGGUAAAUUAAAGGCAUUUGUCACAAAAAUGAUAAAAUUCAAUGAGGCAAGUAAACAAGCAAAUGAGCCAGUUAAUGAAAAAGCCGCAUCAACAAGAAGUAUAAUUUUCGAUGUCACAUUCCUAAUGCUCUAUUCAAUUGUACAAACAUAUGGUUGUGAUGUACUUGAGGAGGGUGGCGAUUCAUUUUUUGAACAAUGGGUACGUGAAUGUAUGCCAGAACGUGGAAAACCAAAAUCACCACAUAAAAUGUUACAAAAUAUUGAUCAAAGUGUUGUUGAUUCAUUAUUACAACAUAUUUAUUCGGGUGAAAGUGAUUUUAUGACAAGUACAAUGAAUUGGGAUGCAAAUUGUCAAGCGGCAAUGGGUGUUGUUAAGGAAUUAUUAAUUGGAUGGGAAUGCGGUGGUUUGAGUGCAGGUGAUGUGAAACGUGCUUUAGAUCGUUUAAGAAAUGGUUUUUGUUGUUUACCAGUUUGUGCGACAACAUGGCUUUGUGCACAUAUGAGUAUAACUCAUCAGGAUGCACUUCUUAAGCCAAUGAAUAUGGUGCAACAAUUUUUGACUCCCGCUACAAGCGACGAGACACAGGAAUACUAUAAGGAGAGAUCAUUGUUGAUGUUUCAAAUUAUACGAAAGAUGCAAUACGAUGUUCGGCCACCAACGCAAUCUAAGAAAGUUCUCACCGUCUCUCACAGCCUCAUAUCGCGUCAACCAAUUUUGGAACAACUGGAAUCAAUAUGGCAGGAUAUUCAUCAUCGUGGUUGGAUAAAUAUUCAAGCAGCGGAAGCUCUCGUUUCAUUAUUAAAUACAGGCGGAUCUCUUUGGUUUGUUUCAAAUUUGGUAAAAGCGACUUUAAAAUAUAAAUAUCAAGAAGAAUUAGACAGAGCCGUUGACUUGACUUUUGCCAUUUUUCAUUUUGACAUUGAGAAUUGUACUCUCGAUCUCUUAAAUAACGUUGUUCCCCAGUAUUUGUAUAAUAGCUUACAAAGUGAAGAAUUGGUCGAGCCACAAUCGUUUGUAUUGGCAAAAUUGUGUGUUUAUUGUAUAUUUUCAACUCUCGAGUACAAUAAUACAAAUCCACAGCAUGGCAAUAGUAGAAAACGAACUCGUCACGAUUUAGACGCUGAUGAAUUAGAUGCACUUGGUGUGCCGGCAAAUAAAAUUUUAAGACUGAACGAAGCAGGUGAUACAAAUCCAAUAUUUGGCUCAAAUUCACCACAAUCACAGGGACCAACUAAUGGACAAAAAAUGAUUGUUUUACGCGAUCCACUAUUGUCAGCGUUAAAUAAAAUUUUCAACAAUUUCACUUUUCUCGCCGGUAGAAAUGGCGAGGUCUCACAACAAACGCAUUUUAUAUUACAAUUUUUGCGUUUAAUGGUGCAAUGUGGAAAGGAUAGAACGCGAAUUGUUCUACAGGAAAUGCCGCAAACUUUGGUGCCUUGUCUUCUAAAAGCACUGCCGGAAUGUUUCACAACUGAUUUACUAUUAAGGUUGUAUGACAUUCAAACAGCAGCGGGCCGAAAAGCAACUGCACGUGAUUUGUGCAUGCUAAGAAAUAUUAAUAUGAAACCUGCCAAAUGAAUUUUGGAAACGUAUCGUUUCUAUAAUUAUUUAGUGUAAGGAAUUUUGUAUGUUAUUUGUUAUACGGUGUACAUAUAUUUCCUUUUUCAAAUUAAAUAUCCCCUCCCAAUUUUUUUUUCUUGAAAAAAGGAAAAAUUUAUAUUGAUCAAUAAAAAUAAAUUUCUUUUUUCAUUUCAA